AUGCCUUAUUCUCUAAGCAUAUGCCCAAAACGUUCAAUACAAAGUUACAAAAUCAUUAUCCUCUUCUUGUCCCGGUUCAAAGCAAAAACCUGUUCUCCUCCAUUAGAGACAACCUCGACCCUUUUCCGGCUACCGGAGAUGGCUUCGAGGCGAGCACCCCUCACCGUCUUUCUCUUCCUCUACCUCGUAGUCUCCUCUCAGUCCCUAGAGUUCAAGCCGCACAAAGAGAAGCACAAAAUCAACGGACCCAUCAAAACCCUUGUCGUCCUGGUCAUGGAGAACCGGUCCUUCGACCAUGUCCUCGGCUGGCUCAAGUCGACCCGACCCGACAUCGACGGCCUCACCGGAAAAGAAUCGAACCGGAUCCUCGUCUCCGAUCCGGCUUCACCGGAGGUAUUCGUCUCCGAUGACGCGCUGUUCAUUGAUUCGGACCCGGGUCACUCGAUCCAGGCUAUCCGGGAACAGAUAUUCGGGUCCAACGACAGUUCGGCCCCGCCGUUGAUGAACGGGUUCGCUCAGCAAGCCGAGAGCAUGCUCGAGGGCAUGUCCAAAACCGUCAUGAGCGGGUUCAAACCGGAGGUUGUACCGACCUACACCGCGUUGGCUAACGAGUUCGCUGUGUUCGACCGGUGGUUCGCCUCGGUCCCUGCGUCGACUCAGCCGAACCGGUUCUACGUGCACUCCGCCACGUCACACGGCGCGUCGAGCAACGUGCGCAAGGACCUUAUUCACGGCUUUCCUCAGAAAACCAUCUUCGACUCCCUGGACGAAAAUGACCUCAGCUUUGGUAUAUAUUACCAAAACAUCCCCGCCUCGCUUUUCUUCAAGAGCCUGAGAAAGCUAAAGCACGCGGUCAAGUUCCACAGCUAUUCGUUGAAGUUUAAACGACACGCGAAGUUGGGUAAGCUUCCCAACUAUGUGGUGAUCGAACAGAGGUACUUUGACGUGGAGGUGUCACCGGCCAAUGAUGAUCACCCAUCGCAUGACGUGGCGCUCGGGCAGAGGUUCGUGAAGGAGGUGUACGAGACCCUGAGGGCCAGCCCGCAAUGGAACGAGAUGGCCUUGUUGAUUACUUAUGAUGAGCAUGGUGGGUUCUAUGACCAUGUGCCCACGCCUGUCUCUGGCGUGCCUAACCCGGAUGGGAUCAUUGGGCCCGACCCGUUUUACUUCCGGUUCGAGCGGCUGGGUGUUCGGGUCCCCACCAUACUGGUCUCACCCUGGGUCGACAAGGGCACUGUGAUUCAUGAGCCAGAUGGACCAACACCAUAUUCGCAAUUUGAACAUUCUUCUAUCCCCGCUACUGUAAAGAAGCUGUUCAAUCUGGAAUCAAACUUCCUGACCAAGAGGGAUGCAUGGGCUGGUACUUUUGAGAAGUGCUUUCGCCUUCGUGACACUCCACGUGAUGAUUGUCCAGUAACCCUUCCUGAAGUUAAGACAUCACUGAGGCCACGUGGACCGAAAGAAGAUAUGAGUCUCUCGGAAUUUCAAGUUGAACUGAUCCAGCUUGCAUCCCAGCUCAAUGGUGACUAUGUACUUAUCACCUACCCAGAAAUUGGCAAAACCAUGACAGUGGGUGAAGCCAACUGGUACGCGGAGGAUGCAGUCAAGAGGUUCUUGGAAGCAGGAAAGGCUGCUCUUAAAGCUGGAGCUAAUGAGUCUGCAAUUGUUACAAUGAGACCUUCCCUCAACAGCCGAAUUAUGUUGAGAGAUGAUGGUCGAUACAUAGAGAGCCACUGAUUGGUUCGUCUUCAGAGCUGCCUGUUGUAAAUUUGCCUGUAUAUAUAUAUAUACGUUCCUCUACAACUCCAUGACGAUGGCAGGGAUCUAUUUCGCUACAAACUCUCCCUUAUAAUUUAUAAAUACUGUCAAACAUUAUUGAGCAUAUAGAAAUCAAUUUGAAUAUUGAACAUUA